AUGACUUAUGGUCCCAAACUGUGUGUUGAAGAUGCUGGGGAUAUUGAUAUAGGGAUUCCCGGUCGCAGUGUGCAACACAUAAAACAGUCCAAAUAUCUCGGUUCUAUCGUAUCUGAUGAUUUGAGCUUAGACCUGGACAUAACAGAAAGAAUUGCACAAGCAGGAAAGUGCUUUGGAGCACUAAAAGAAGCUGUCUUUCAGUCUCCCCAUGUAACAUCUGAAACAAAGAAUAUGCUGUUCCAGUCAACUGUCUUAUCAGUUCUACUGUAUGGGUCAUCUUCUUGGGCCGUGACUAGAAGAGAUAUCACAAGGCUUGUGACAUUUACAAAUCAAUGUCAACGUUUCAUGCUGGGUAUACACAAGUUCAAACAACAAUCGGAACGAAUCACAUCAAACGACAUCAGGCAUAAGCUUGGCAAUCUUGAAACUGCAGAAGACUCUUUGAUGGCUCAACGGCUUAGAUGGCUUGGUCAUCUAGAACGUAUGGAAGAUCAUCGUCUGCCCAGGCAGCUGCUUCAUGCGUGGCUACCAUCAACCCGUCCAGCGCAUGUGGUCAGACUACGGUGGAAAGACAGGAUUGUAAAAGACCUUAAAAUGGUUGGCCUAACAAGCACCUGGUCCCAGCGUACGUAG